UCGCUGCAUUUUAACAGGCUCGGCGGCUGAGGUCUGACUCUUUCUAUCCUACAGGUUCAGAGGAAGAGGAGAUGUUCAGCAGAGAGGAGCGCCUGGACGCGGGAACCAGCGAUCACUGGCUGCUUGUGGAUUUAUCGAUAAUUGCUGAGGGGAAAGGCUCAGCUGCCAUUAAUUAUUUAUAGGUUCCUGUAAAGCGGCGGGGAUGCGAGAGAGGAGCCGCAGCGGCGAGGAUCGCCCGCUCUGAACCGGAGGAGUCACCGGCAGAUGAUGUCCCAGCGUGUUUCCAGAGGAGACGGAGGAGCGCACGAAGGAGGAUGAAGAAGGGGGGAGAGGGAUCGAGAGCGGCAGUGGUGGGCUAUAAUGAAGUUGAGUGGGAAAGGACUGUGCACCGUGUGCUCCAGCGCCCUCCUCUUCGUGUGCGCCCUGAGCGAAGUUGUGGUUGGAUUAAGAUGCGUCUCUCUGGGAUCCUCGGUGAAGGCGCACUUCCACCUCGGCGCCGCUGCCGGGGCUUUCUACUCCGGGCUGCUGGUGGGGACCGGCCAGGUGCUGCUGGGCUCCGCUAUGCUGUGCUGCGUGCAGAAGCCCGGCUGCAGAAAUUUCUUCCUCCUGGGUGUUGUUGUCUUCUUGCUCGGGGUCCUCACCGCCUUCUCCGGCGCGGUCGUGGACGGGGACACGGCUUCUUUAGUGGAGAGGAAAUUUUCCCACUACUGCUUCCACUCUGUGUUGGUGAACUCUCCCUGCCAGCAGCUAAGGGAGUACCAGCGGACUCUUGUCAUCUCCACCGUCCUAAGCACUUUGGAGUGCCUGCUGGGGCUCCUCAACCUGCUCAUCAUCAAGCGCUACAAGGCGGAGCAGUUCUCCAGGAGCAGGCAGCGGCAGAGGAGGAGCACAGGGGCCAUCGUGUUCAACGAGGAGCGGGACUGCUCCUCCGCGGGGCUCCAGCCGGUGUCCUACAUCAACCUGGGGGUCUUCAGCGUCCUGGAUGAGACGGGGGCCGAGGUGCAGCGCGGGGGCCACCCGUCCAUCGAGCUGCCCGGAUACUGGCCCUGGGACCCGGAGCUCAAUCACUGCUUCCCAUUCUCCUAUCCGGUCCCCAGCGAACUGCCGCCCGCUUAUGAGGACAUUUUCCCCGCUGAGGCAUGCAACACAUAGCCCCUCUGGAGCAGCUCCAGCUCUGCUGUGACAAUCACUGACUUCUUGCUUAAACUAAACCCCCCUCUUCUUCCAACUCCCCCUCUGCCUACAAUGUAACAGUAAGUUACACUGGAGGUGUUAAUAUCAGCCCCCCCUUUAUUUUCUUGUCACAUAUCAUUGAUAGAAACAGUCCUAGGGGCCCAGACAGUGCAGGCACAGCCAGGCCCAUGAGAGCAACAGCUUGCUGGAAUAAAUGCAAUCAGAGUUGAUGUUUUCUGAGAGGUUGCUGUUAAACGUUUUUACUUGUGAAUAAAAUGUGUAUUUAACCUGA